AAUCUAAAGUUUGCACUACAUUAGAUAAGAGACCACAUCUGUGGAGGAAUGGACUGAUCCUAUCACAAGGCACUACAAUUUCUAAUCAUGUUGAAUGUUUGGUUGCCAUGGUAGAUCCUGUUCGUUCUGUCGAUUUUGUAUGUUGUGGAGUUAAGGCAGCAGAAGUAAAAUGUGUUUUAGUUCUCGACACUGUCAUGUCUCUUUGGAGAGCUGUGUUAGACAGAUACAGUCCAGGCACUGAAUACGAGACUGAAUAUCUGAGCAGAAAGCAUUUAGAGGAACACAAAGAACUGAAACAAGUCGCUACUUACUCUGAGGCGAAAAUUACGGAAGCAAAGGCAACUGGAGAAGGGCCAAUGGCUCCUGUAAAACAAGUAGUUGGUGAUGAGCUGAUGAUAGAAAGUCUUGGUGACCUGCUGGUUGUUCGACCCAACGUUUGAAUGCCUCGAGUGGUCUCCAGUGCAGUUUCUAAUGCUGUUAUUGAGUGUGGUUCAUUUCAAUGGUAUUCAUUUGGACUAACAUUAGGCUUAGAUCAUGAUCAGAUUAAAGAGUUGUGUUAUGACAAAGUGAUUCCUGCUGAUAAAUUAUCUGCAAUUAUCCAAGUGAAGGCUAAACAAGUUGGUGAUGUGAAGAAGAUGAAUGAUCUGCUGUUGGAGGCGUGUAGACAUUUACCAGAUCCAAUUGAUGAUGUAGUGAAAUAUAAACUUGGAAUUUAUUAUUAGUCACAUGACUGUAGCCUUAAGCUUGAUAUCUCUGUUAUUACAAACUCACUGUGUUGAUUGUCACAGAUGCUUUUGUUUAAUUAAUAGCAUCAUAUUUGGACAUACUAAUAGUAGUGAUAGUGGGUCUAAGUUUGAAAGUUUGAAACAUGAUUG